AGAAAGAGUGUCGACAUCAUUGUCUCGUGUUGUUGUGCAUUUUUUUCUGGUCGUGGCAAAGGUGGAAAAGGUCUCAGCAAAGGGGGCGCGAGACGUCAUCGCAAGGUUCUCCGCGAUAACAUCCAGGGGAUCAGCAAGCCAGCGACUCGCCGUUUGGCGCGUCGUGGUGGUGUGAAGCGCAUUUCCGGUCUCAUCUACGGGAAAACCCGUGGUGUGCUGAAGGUGUUCCUGGAGAACGUCAUCCGUGAC